AUGAAUUUAAAAUUAAGCUUUGCCUUAGUUAUUACGAUGAUGCCAACAUUAUUGGAUAGUUAAUAUCUGAUGGAGUUGGAUGAGGUAUACUAGUAUUAUUAAAUUCCUAUAAGUGUAAAUAUAAAUAACUAUUAAAUUGAUGAAGUGGGUAUUUAUGGAAUUUGGAGUAGAUAUAUUCCUCUAAGUACAAUUAAAUAAAUAGGAGCUUUUGGAAUUAUUGAUAGUAAUUGUUACCAUUUGAAUUCAGCUAUUGAAAAAUAUACAUAAAGAAUCAAUUUUGUAUACUUUGAUUGUUUAAAUUCAGAAACCAUGACAGUUACAAAACAUUUGUAAUUUAUAGAUGAUUAGAGAUAAUUACAUAAACUUUAAAUAAAAAUCGACCCUUUUUAAUAUGAAUAUUAUUGGUAUUUCCUUGUAAUUACAUUUGCUCCUCAUUAAAAAAGAUUCAAAUAUUACAUAUUCUAAAAUAACAACAUUGUUGAGAAUCAGUCUUUUGAUAUUAAAUUUCCUUAUUAAGAUGAAAAUCUUUUGCUUAUAUUUGGAGGUGGUUUAGAAAUAACAGAAACUUAAUAAAUUUCAAUUGAUUAAACUUCUAAAUUACCAUAUUUUCCAGGUUAAUUAAAUAUUUUAUCAUUCGCCAAAACAUCCUUGACUGAAAAUUAAUUAUUUUUUUAAAUUGAAAUUUUUACAACAUGGGAAUGUGUUUGUGUUUGUAAUUUAAAUUAAAAUUAAAUUUUACCUGAUAUUGAUAUCAAAUGGAUGGAUCAAAAAUUGUUUGCUUCAACUAAUAUUAAUUGCGACUCAUUUGCAUUUCAUGCUUGGAUUAAAAUUACUGAGUGCUAUUCUGAUUAAGAAGAAUUUUUAUACUAAUUAAUGAAGCUAUCUAGUAAUUUUGAAAAUUCUGUAAUGAAAAAUGAAAAUUUAGCAAGUUUUUAACUAUUUUAUAAAGUUUCUAAUUUAAAUAAUUAAAUUAUUAUUACAACAUACAAUUAUAGUUUUCCCUACUAUAAUAUGGAUUUCAUUAAAAAUUCAUUUCUAAUUUAGAAAAGUUUUGAUUUACCAAAAGUGACAUUAUGGCAUUUUGUCUAUGUAAUUUAAUUAUAAAAUACAAUAAAAUUUAGUAUUAUGAUAUAAGAUGGGAUUUUUAAAACACAAUCGGAAUCAAUAUUUUAAGUUAAUCAGUUUCAUAUGGUUUAAUUUAAACUUUAAUAUGGUAAUAUUAUGCAACUUAGUUCUAAUUAUUUGAGUGUAAGCUUAAGAAACAUUAAAUUUUUGAAUUGUAUUUAUGAUGAAUAAUACUAUCCUAAUUAAAUUUGUCAUUAUAGUUGUUUAGAAUGUGAUGGUCCAACUCAGAAUGAUUGUUUGUCUUGUUCCAAAGAAUCUAAACGCAUUUAUUUGGCUAAAUAUAAAAUUUGUCUAUGCCCUUAUUAUAUGAUUGAUAAAGAAGUUUGUUAGGACAAAGAAAAUUACGGAUUAUUCUUAUAAUUAUAAUAACAUGAGAAUUAAUAAUGUAAUUAUGGAUAUUUUAAUUACAAUUAAAAUUGUUAAAAAUGGUAUUUAAUUUAAAUCAUUCUUUAGUCCCUCUAUAAUAAAUGAUUAAGUUUUGACAUGCUUAGAAUGUUUAGAGCAACCUUAAAAUUGGUUAAAUGAUCCUUAUUGUGAAACCAAUUUAUUUUUAAAUAGAGAUGGCAGUCCAUCAAAGAUUUUCAAAGAUUCUAGUAAAACAUAUUAUAUUCUUUAUGAAAAUGAUUUAAAACCGUAAAAUUUUUUUACCACUGACUUCAAUAUCAAAACAAAAGAAAUAUUUACUGAUUAUUUAGUUACUAAUCAAUUUUUUGAAACAAAUUACAAAUUUGUUUAAUUUGAUUCCAUGCCAAUAUACUCAUAAUGCAAUUUAUACUUUUGUGUUUAAUGUGGCUAUGAGUUAACAAGAAUCAUAUGUAUAAGAUGUUUUAAAACAUCAAUUCUGAAGGAUGGAUUUUGUAUUAAAAAAUAAACUGGCUAAUAAAAAUUUAAUUAAUGCUUAGCUUCUUUUUAUAAAACAUCUGAAAAUAUUUGUAAAUUAUGCCAAAUAGAUAAUUGUAUUUAUUGUUUUGAAUAUCUAAUUAAUGAUUUAACUAAAUGUACUCUUUAUCAAGGAUUUUAAGCAUUUUAAAUAGAUGAAUAUCACAGAGUAGGAUGUGCUCUAUGUAAAAAUGGCUUUAUUUUUGAUUUUAUAAAAGGUAAAUGUAUUUAUGAAUAACCGAAUAUAAAAAAUUGCUUAAGAGCUUAUAAUGAUUUAACUGGGAAAUAAAUUUGUACUUUAUCAUUAGUUGAUGAUUUUUCUAUAUCCCCAGAAAUUUAAAAUUGCAAUAAAUAUAUUACUAAUUGCAAAUAAUGUGUUCAAACACCUCAAAAUAUAAUAAAAUGUAUUAUUUGUGAGGAUGGAUAUUCAAGCUCUAUUACUACAGGUCAUUGUAGUAUUUGUUAAAUUGAAAAUGCGAAAUUUUGUAUUGAAGGUCUUUUAAAGGAAUAAGAUUCUUGGAUUCAUUUGAUUUAGAGUUUUUUAAUGUAAUUUUUACCAGAUAAAUAUUUUUAUUCAAUUCCAUCUCUAACUGUAAUUCCUUUACCAGUUAAGUGUAUAGAUGGAUAUGAAGUUAAUUAAUUUCUUUGCAAGAAAAGUUGUAAUAAUAAUUGUGAAGUGUGUCAAAAAAAUAUCAUCCCUUCAAAUGGUUUUACAUGUUCUAUGUGCAAAAUGAAUUAUUUUAUGGAAAAUCUUAGAUCAAUAGAUCAAGAGUAAUGUUUAGAAUGUCCAUAAUUAUGUCAAGUUUGUUAAAAAAGAUAAAUUUAAGAAAUUUAAGUAUUAUUUAAUUUAUUUUAUAGAAAAUAAAUCCUAUUUUUGUUAUAAAUGACAAUUCCUAUAUUUUCACUAUGAAAUGUAUUAAAUUUUUCCCUUAUCAUAACGUUGUGAUUGAUUAGUUUUCUUAAACAGCUAAAUACUGUUUUGAGUAAAAUUGUAAUAAUUAUUUGAAAUAUCAGGUAUUUUUUAUUAUUAUUAUACUCAGGUUGAAAAUAAUUGCAAUUCUAUAUUAAGUUUGUUUAAUACUAUGAAACAUGAAUAAUUUCAAAAUAAAUUGGAUUUUCAAUAUUUAAAUUAAAUAGGUUUAUCAAUUUUUUAGCUAAUUUUACCUUAUAAUUUAAAUUGUAUAUAUGAUGGAGAUAAAUUUAUUGCAAUAAAUCUCUAUAAUUUAAUUAAAAUGAAAAUAUUUUCUCUAACACUAGUAGAACUAAUGAUUAAAGGAUAAAAUAUUCCUUCAAAAAUUUUUAGCAAUAUUAUCACAUUUGAUUUUGAUUCUAUCUAAAUUGUUGAAGUUUCAUUUUAUAUGAACGAACUCUUUUCAUUCCAAUUUUUUAACUAGAAUAAAUCUAUUAAUUUUAAUCUUCAAAAUUCAUCAAUUACAGCCUCAGAGAAUUCAAGAACUUAAAUUUCAAUAAAGGCACAACUUUAUGACUAAUUUAAAAUUUAAAACUUAACACUCUAUAAUAUGAAUAUUAGAAAUUCUUAAAUAUUUGAAAUUCAUUCAAAAGAAAUAACUUUAAUUGAUACUAUAAUUAUUCAAAACUGUUAAUUUGAUAAUACAACAUUGUUUUCUUUGCUUAAUAAUUUCAAAACAGUUAUAUAGAAUUUUAAGAUUAUUGAGUGUUAAUUUUAUAAUUCAUCUAUUUUCAACUUUACAUAAAAUUCUGAUUUUUACCUCCAACCAUAAAUUAAAGGAAUAUUUAUUCAAAAUUCUUAUUUUUAUAAUUCAUAGAUUAUAAUAACUACUCCUUAUGUGGAUUUUUAGAUCAUAUAAUCAGUAAUAAAAAAUAGUUAGUUUAACUCUUCAUAAUUUUUGAUAUUUAGCAAUAAUUUGAAUAUAGUUGAUCUAAUUAUUGAACAAAAUACAUUUUUCAAUUCAUAAUUAAUAACCUUAAUUUCAUUUGUUUAAAAUAUAAGCAACUCAAUUAGUAUUUUUGAUGUAAAUAUUUUAUAGAAUUCUUUUUCUAAUACUAAAGUUUUCUUAUCUGAAUAAUAAUAAUCGUAUAAUUUUAAAAAUAUUUUGAUGACUAAUCUCAAAUUUUAAGAGAAUUUUCAAAUCCAGCUUACUCAUUCUAAAACAUAUAUUUUUUCAAUUAGUUGCUUUAAGCUAAUUUUAAAUAAUAUUAUAAUUAGUAGCUCUAAAAAUAUGAAUUAUUUCACUUUAUUCAAUGUCUAUUAAAUUGAUAUAGAAAAUUUGUAAUAUUAUAACAUUUUUUAGCAACAUAAAAUUAAAUUAUCUCUUAAAUGCUUAGAGGAAGCUAAUUUUAAUUCUCACUUAUUAAAUAUUUAAGGAUUUACUCAUUUAACUAUUAAUAAUCUUGUUGUGUAAAAUUAAUUUAACAGCGACUCAUCUAUUAUUUCAAUAUAUUCAAAUUUUAUUAAUUAGGAUGAAGAAUAAGAAACAAUUUAAAUUAAUAAUUUAUAAUUUAUUGGGAAUUUAAUAUAAAAAAUAAAACUAGGAUAGAUUUUAUCAUUAAUUAUCAUUUAUUCUGAGAAAAAUUAAAAUAUCUCUAUAAAAAACAUUAAGUUUGAAGAAAAUGCUUUGCAUUAAUAUUUAGAUGACUCUUCUUAAAAUAUUGCAAGUCUAAUUUUAAUUCAUUCCCAAUUAAGUUAUUUAGUUAUUUAAAAUUUCUAUUGUAAAAACAACAUUUUAACUAACUCUUCCAAUACAUUUAUUAAUUUGUUUUUGAAUGAAAUUUUCAUAUCAGAUUUAGUUGUUGAAAAUCAUAAUUAAAUUUAAUAAAAUAUAUGGAGUAAAGUUUUCCAAAUUUAAUUAGGAUAAAACUUAAGUUAGGAUCAACUUAAUUAAAUUAUAAAUAAACUCUUGAUAAUUUAAAAUAUUGGAGGAGCAUUAUCAAUUAUAGCACAAUAAUGUCAAUUAAUCAACAGUUCUUUUAAAAAUUUACUUGCUUAUAAAAGUUUAAUUAUUAAUUUAAAAACACAAGGAAAAGGAAUUGUAAAUUUUAAUAACUUAAAAAUGAUGCAUAUUUACAAUAUUAAUUUCAAUAGUACUGAAAAUGAUGGAAGCAUUACUAUAUUUUCUUAGUACAGUCUUUUAAAUUUUCAAUUUAUUGAUAUUGUUUUUUUUGAUGUGCUUAAUAAUCUAGGUUCUUCAAUUCUAGCUCUAACACCAUCAUCAAAACAAAAUAAAAUUCUUAUAAAAAAUAUAAACAUUUAAAACUGUUUUUCUCUUUUAAAUUUAUUCUUGAAAGCACAUUUUUAAAUUAAUUAUUACAAAGAAAAUUAAGUAUCAAUAAUUAACCAAACAAUAAUACAAAAUAAAACAUCGUUUAUUGAAUAUCUUAAAAAAUUAGGCUCAUUAAAUCAUUUUCUAACCUAAAAUAUUUUACAAGAUAAUUCAAUAAUAAAUUUAUAGGGAUGCAAAUUAUCAGUUAAUUAAUUUGUGAUUGAAGGAGUUAUUUUAUCUUCAAUUUUUAAAAUAGAAGACUCUUAUUAAUUAAAGAUCAAUAAUAUUUAUGUUUAUGAAGUUUUAUUACUCUUCCAAAUAAAUUUAUUUCAUAUUGUUUAAAAAUCUAUAAGUACUAUUUUCUCUUUUUAAAAUAUAAUUUUUUAGAGCAUUACAAAUGUUAAUUUAAUUAAUAUUGAUUUCAAGUCUUAAUUUAUUAAUGUUGAACUAUAAUAAUUGAAUUGCGAUUUAGAAAAUAUAAUUUAUAGUUUUUAUGAGGAAGAAAGUAAUUUCAUCGAAUUUUAUAACCGAUUAAUUAAGUUAAACAAUUCAAACAAUUUCAUAUUAUUUUAUCAAAGUUAAUCAAAUAAUAAUCGCAUUUAAUUAUCUUAAAUUUCUAUACUAAAUAAUGAUUUGUAAAAUUUUUUGAGUGGUAUCAUAUACUUUAAUUUGAUUAACUAUUCAGAAAUAAAUAUCAAAGAUGUUCUUUGUUUUAAAAAUAUUGUUAAUUUAUAUGGAUGUAUUUUUGUUGAAUCUAUUUCAUAAUCUAAGUCCAUUGUAAAAAUUUUGAAUUCCCUUUUUUUAAAAAAUAAUGGAGGCACUGGUACAGCAAUACUUAUAUAUAAUACAAUAUUUUUGUUGUCCAACUCUAAAAUAAUAAAUAAUACUGCAAAAUAUGGAGGCGGGGGAAUUUAUAUUUAAUAACAAAAUCAUUAAAUCUAGCUUAAUCAAACAUUGAUAAUCAAUAAUAGAGCAAAUCAGGCAGGAGGUAUUUUUAUAAAUACUAUCAAUUCUACAACUUUUGUCAAAUCUCUGGUUUGGUUUAAUAAUGCUUCUUUGCCUCCAAAUAAUUUGCAAGAGUUACCAACACUUUUGGAAUUAUAAAUAAAUUGGUAACAAAUGAAAUCAAUUUUAAUUAUUAAAGAAGAUCUUUAAGCUUAAACUUUGCUAAUGUAUCCUUAUAAAGUUAUAGAUUAAGGGAAAUUAAUUUAAGCAAAAUUGUUAAUGCUUCCAAGCAACUAAAUAAUUAAAGAUUAUCAAAUUUUUAAUACUCAAGUCUAAUCUUUUCAAAAAUAUAUUGAAUAGAUGCAAAUUAUAUUUAAAAAUAGUAUGAAUGAACAACUUAUUAAUUUUAUUAAUUCGACUUGUGAAAUUAGAUAAUAAUUGGGAUAAAAUGACUAUUUUCAGACAAUCAAGUCAGAAGAAAUAAAAUUUGAUCAAAAUAUAAAUUCUUUUGAUUUAAGCACUAAAUCUUUCUCUUUUGAUCCUUUUAUGUCUGAUAAAUUUUAAGAGUAAAUUUUAAUAGGAUGCAAAGUAGAUAAUUCUAUGUAAGAAUUAUACUAUAGAAUAUAAAUAAAAACAUUUAAAUGUUAAUUGGGAGAAUUUUAUAUAGAGAAUAAUUGUUAAUUAUGUCAAUUUAAAUAAGGUUACUAUUCUGUUACUUACAAUGCUACAAAAUGUUCAAUCUUUGAUAGUAAAAAAUUUGAAUCAAUAACAUCAAAUUAAAUAUAGCUUAAGAUCGGUUAUUGGAGGCCAAAUUAUUUUUCUGAUGAAAUAGAAUUUUGUUUUAAAUUCAAAGAAUCUUGCUUAGGAGGAUGGAUGGUUGGUGAUUAAAUAUGUUAUUAAGGCCAUAUUGGAGGAUUAUGUGAAGAAUGUGAUAGAUUCAAUAUUAGAGGGGAUGGAUUGUUUUUUAAAAAUUAAUAUAAUUCACUGUGUCAUUUAUGCGAAAAUGAUUAUAGUCGUUUCCAUUUUUUUAUUUUGGCUUCUUUGUGGUAUUAAAAUAUAAAAAUAUUUAGGGUUAUUUUUUCAACUCUGCUUACACUUUAUAGUAUAGAUAAAUCGAAUAGAUUAUUUUCAGUUUUGAAAAUUAGGUAAAGAUUUGCCAGGAUAAUUUUUAAAUUAAGUUAAGGUAAAAUAUUUUUUAAAACUUAGAUCAUGCAAGUAUUUUACUAAAAUUGUUUCUCAAUUAUAUUUGGAUAUUUUCAGUAAUUUUUUCAUUCAAUAUAAAAUUUUCUUUUUCAUUUAGCUUUAUUGAUCAAACAAGCAAUCCAUCAUUUUUCAUGGCAAAUAGUUUAGAUUGUUAUUUAUCUGAGUUUUAAGAAAUUUAAUUGAUCUAUUUAAGAAUUAUAACUAUGUUUCUAUUAUUGGCUUGCUUAUUUUUUGCUAUUUACAUUGGAUUUAAACUUUAUUCAUUAAUAAAACAUAAAAAAUUUCAAACUAGUAUUUUAUCAAUAACUGCACUUUAUUUGUUUGUUUCUAACUAUCCAGCAUUUAUUAAGCAGUAAAUAUUAAUUUAUAAAAAGAUUUUUCUCAUUAUUGGCUAAAAGAUAAAUUUCAUAAAUAGAUUAUAUUUAAGGAGAUGUUUCAUUAAGAUAUGGAACAAAAACUCAUUUUAAUUGGAUUAUAAGCCUUAUACUUCCAGGAUUAACAUGUAUUGGGAUUAUUUUGCCUUUUUCCCUUCUAGUAUUAUUGUAUAUUAAAAGAGAUCAAUUAGAAAAUAUAAAUUUAAGAAAACAUAUUUGUUAUUUAUUUAAUGAAUACGACAGACACAGUUAUUAUUGGGAAUGGAUAAAACUAGGAGAAAAAACUGUUAUUAUAAUCAUUUUAACUUAUUUUGAAACAGAUAUUUAUUUAAAAUCUUCACUAUUAGGAAUUUGUUUACUAUUUUAUUAAAUAUAUUCUUAAAAACAAAGGCCUUAUAUAAUUUAAAAUUUAAAUAAUUUGGAUGUAUAAACUGGAUAAAUUUGUUCUAUAGCAAUUUUUUUUGCAGUCAUAAAAUAUAUUUGUGAGUAACAAAAUAAUAUUGUUAUAUCAUUAAUUUUACAAGGAAUUUUAGUCUUAUUUUUUAUUUUAUUAAGUUAUCCUUUUUUAAAAAAUAUUGUACAGUUUUAUCAUAAGAAAUAUUUCCGUCUGUUUUUAAUUAAUUUAACCAAAUUGAUGAAGUUGAUGAAGAUUUCAUUUUUAGCUAAAUUUUUAAAUAUUAAAAUCCAUAAAUUGAAUUAAAAAGAAUAAAAGUUAUAAGAAAAUUUUGCAAAAUUGAGAAAUCAUCUAAUAUCUAUAUCAAAAUUUUAAUUAGAAUAGUAGAAGUAUUAUAUAAUCAUUUAUAAAGAUCCUUGACCGCAUUGAUAUCAUCUCAAUCAUUGUUUAGGAAUAAAUUAUAAAGUUUCGAUUAUAAUCAUUAAAAAAAUAUCAUAAAUGUUAAUAAUUGA